AGCUGGAAACAGCUUGUGGAAAAGCAACAUUUAAUAGCAAACAUCUAAAAUGAAGAGUCUCCGAACUUUUGAGGAGCAAACAGAAUGCGUCCUGAAUACUCUACUUGCAGACUUCUUGGACCCAGCCUUAAGGGUGGCUUACCGGAACCUGGUGGGUGUAGACGAACCAGACUCAGGAGAGGCUUGCUCUUUUGACGUGACUGUCAUUGCUGGUCGCCUUCGGAUGUUGGGUGACGAGUACAAUGAAGAUUUGGAAGCUUCUGCCAAAAACAUCAUCUCAGACACUCUUCAGGGACAGGGCACUCCUUUCCACUCCUGA